UUUCCUCUCACAGUUUAGUUCCCAUGCAGUGUAUCAAACUGUAAAUGUAUUCUCAGAAAUCCUUUCAGAAUAAAUGAAAUCGCACAGUCGCAAUUACGAUGGUUUUGUCAUCACAUAUUAGACUAUUUGGAUAUCUUGUCCUUAUAACUGGAAAUUAUGAUGUGAAAGCCUGGACUUACAAUUAUAGUACGAACGUUAAUAUGGACUGGACAACAGCUCGCCAGUGGUGUCAGGAGCGCUUCACUGAUAUGGUGGCCAUUCAAAACCAUAAAGAAGUUGAAUACCUCAACCAAUUUCUACCUUUCCAUCCAACGUACUAUUGGAUUGGCAUUAGGAAGAUUGAUGGUAACUGGACUUGGGUUGGGACAAAAAAGAUCUUAGACCCUGGCGCAGAAAACUGGGCUGAAAAUGAACCAAAUAACAAGGGAUCUGGACAAGACUGCGUAGAGAUUUACAUUAAGCGGAGCAAAGAAACAGCCAAGUGGAAUGAUGAGAAGUGCAGCAAAAAGAAAGCAACUGUCUGUUAUUUAGCCUCCUGCUCAAAGGAGUCCUGCAGUGAGCAUGCUGAGUGUGUGGAGAAUAUUGGGAGCUACGAAUGUCAAUGUCACCCAGGUUUUAAGGGGCCACGCUGUGAGGAAGCUGUCCAGUGUCUGGCCAUUAUCGAUGCCCCUGGUGGUGGGAAUAUGAACUGCACUCACCCUUUUUCCAUUAAUAGCUUCAACUCCAGUUGUGAGUUCAGGUGUGAAGAGGGAUUUGAGCUCAAGGGCUCAAAUACAACAUGGUGUGACCAGACUGGGAACUGGACACACAAACCCCCCACUUGCCAAGCUGUGGCUUGUGACCCCCUCAUGACCCCUGCAAACAGUCAACUGACAUGUGCUGAUCCACUGGGAAAGUUCUCUUUUCGCUCUUCUUGUAACACUGCUUGUGAAGAGGGAUACACACUGAGAGGAGAAACCACACUCACUUGUCAGAGUGAUGGCAACUGGUCAGCACCAUCACCUGCAUGUGAAGUUAUAAGAUGUGAUGCUCUGGAGUCUGUUCAGCAUGGCUCUCUGCGCUGUCGGGACCACCUGGGGAAGUUCAGUUAUGGUUCCCUGUGCUGGCUGGAGUGUGCAGUUGGAUUUACUUUGAAUGGAACUAAUUCUACUUACUGCACCUUGCAAGGGAAAUGGAGCCAAGAGUUUCCUGUUUGUCAAGCACUGCAGUGCAGGCCCUUAAUGAACCCCUCUCGCGGCACUGUAAACUGCAGUCAUCCUAAUGGGCAGUUCAGCUUCGGUACAGUGUGUGAAGUAAGCUGUGAGGCAGGCUUCAAACUACAUGGCACACCCCAAACAGAGUGCUUGGAUAUGGGAAAGUGGACCGAUGCCACACCAUUCUGCUUCGCUCAACAGUGCCCCCGUUUGACUGCCCCGGUCAAUGGCUGGUUGAACUGUUCUCAUCCUCACUCUCUGUUUAGCUUUGGCUCCCAGUGCUUCUCGGGAUGUGAGCCUGGCUUUGAGAUUACAGGAGAAUCUAACAUGGAGUGCUCUGCAUCUGGGAACUGGAGUCAGGAGAUGCCCUCUUGUGCUGCUGUUCGCUGUAAGCCCCUUUUACUCUUUCAUCUUCCUGAGCUGGGACCUCCACCCUCGAUGAACUGCUCUCACCCACAUGGAAACUUCAGCUUUGGUUCUGAGUGUAUGUUUCAGUGCGCCGAGAGUCAGGAGCUCAGUGGAACCAGUCAGCUCUUCUGCUCCUCCAGUGGGUCCUGGACAAACUCUCCACCCAGAUGUGUUGUAAAGAAGAUGUCAUUGAGUACGGGCAUGCUGAUGUAUACAGCUGUGGGAGCUGCUUCUUCAGCUGGUCUACUUCUACUUGGAGGACUAAUUUUUCUGUUGAUGCGCCAAUUCAGCAAAAAGGGGAUGCAUGUGGUCUCCAGGCAUCUGAGGAGGAGUGAGGCCUUGUCUGAAGGGGUCCAGCUUAAAGCUCUGUGAGUCUAGACUGAUAUUCUGCUGGGGAAGUGAAUAUGAACCCGAACACUCCAGCUCAACGGGCAGACCUCCACAAGAGGGCGCUGUGGUCACAAAAAUGGCAAGAAAAGAACUUCUCAGCGCAAGUGUAGGCGUUAUGUCUUUAGCUUAAGGAUAUUUCGGCCACAUGCGUUUUUUCCCCAGGUCACUCAAAUCCAUGGUUUAACCAAAUUACGAUUUAGAUA